GGUCCUUUUUUCUGGGGCGGGGCUGCGGUGUGCCCAUCCCACCCGGCUUAGUUCUAAUUUCUGGCUGGGAGACCGAGCUAGGUCUCUGGCCACCAGGGAGCCCGUAAGGGACAAAGCUGAGGUGCUAAAAGCUUGGGCUUUGGAGUCGAGAGGAGCUGGGUUCGAAUCCUGCCUGUUCCAUUUGCUAGCUGUGCUGGUGGGAUAGCUGGAGGGACAGGAGGUGAUUUCUUUACCUGGCACCUGGCACAUGCCGGGCGACUGUCUCAUCAGAGGGCGUGUUCCUAUGGGAAGUGAGUGUCCAGUUUUGAGGUGUGCGGGGCAGAGGCGUAGGUAGGGUAAGGAGCCCCCAGGGGCAAUCUCUAAGUUUUCCCCCACCCAAUUUCAAGAUGAGCAGACAUUGGUAACCGUGGCAGCAGCGGAAACACCUUCCCUGCUCUUGUCUGACUGCCUCAGUCAGGCACCUUUCAUACCUGCGGCGCCUCGGGAUGCCAUUCUGUGCCUCCUGCGGCGCCCCCUUGGACUUUUUGACCCUGGGGGCAAGUUUCUCCCUCUGCCUCCUCUCUGGUACCUGGUGUGGGAGGUGCUCCGUGCUUAAUCUAGGAUACCCGCGGCCAUCGGGGAGCCCUGGUGGUGCAGUGAUUAAGAGCUAUGGUGAGCUAUGGCUCCUAACCAAAAAGGUCGACUGUUCCGAAUCCACUAGCCGCUCCUUGGAAACCCUGUGGAACAGUUCUACUCUGUCCUAUAGGGUUGCUAUAAGUCGGAAUCGACUUGAUGGCAACGGUUUUUUGGAGGCCACCAGAACCCGGGUGAAAAGUGCUUAGUUCUUACCCACCUGAUGUUUUCCUUUCUCAGCAGCUGCAGCACGGCCGUUAAAACCCAAACUUGUUGCUAUGGAGUAGAUUCCAACUCCUGGCAACCCCAUGUGUUACAGAGUAGAACUUCUCUGUAGGGUUUUCUUGGCUGUAAUCUUUAGGGGAGCAGAUCACCAGGCCUUUCUUCUGAGGUCCUCCUGGCUGGGUUUGAACUACCAGCCUUUAGGUUGGUCAAGGGCAAAUUGUUUGCGCCGCCCAGGGUCACUACAGCUAUUAAAAAAAAUUUUACAGUUCAGGGAGGCAACAUGCCAGAGGUCCUUCAGCUAGCAAGUGGCAGACCUGGAAUUUGAACCUAGGUCUAUCCUCUCCACCUCCAAGUCUCAUUCAUUCCCUUCUCCCAAGCUGCGAAGAGUUAAGUCAGCAGGUAUAGAACAGGGGAUAGUGUUGGUGGAAGCCGUGCUGGAGAGAAGCGAGAAAUGAUUCUAACGAGAAUAGCACCCGUUGCCGUCUAGUCGAUUCCAACUCAUAGUGACCCUAUAGAACGGAGUAGAUUGCGCCAUAGGUUUUCCAAGGAGUGGCGGAUGGAUUUGAACUGCUGAACUUUUUGGUUAGCAGCCAAAUGCAUAAUCACUGCGCCACCAGGGCACCCUAAUAAUAACAGAACAUAGUAAUAAAAAAUAAUUUUAGUCAUAGAAAUAAUUCUGUGGAGGAGUAGAUAUGGACACAUGGCAAAAAUACUUCCAGAAAGGGAUGUUUUGUUUGAGUAAAGCAGAGUUUCUCAGUCUUUUUAAUCCAUAUACUUGUAUGAUGAGCAGAACAUUACAAGGGGUUAUAAGAUUUGUAUCUGAAACUUUAACAAAAUAAAUGAACCAAAUAUUGGGUCUAAAAGCCUAUCAGCACAAUUAAAACGUUGAAUAUGAAUGUUCACACUGCCCAGUCCUUUUCCCUGAGUUGUGCUCAGCCUCCUCCUUGCCUCCACUGAGAAUAACUGGUAACGGGGCUUUCUCUCAUGGUUUGGGGGAAUGUGUUAUAUGGUAUUGUAAUGACUGAAGAGUGUUUACAGUCUGCCUGUUAAGGUGAUCAGGAAUAUGGCCUGUGUGUUAGAUUUGGGAGGCUGAACUUAUCUCUGCAGGUACAUCUCGAUAGGGGUCCCUGAGGGGUGCAAACAGUUAAUGUCUUCGCUGCUAAGCCAAAGGUUUGUGGUUUGAGUCCACCCAGAGGCACCCCGGAAGAAAGGCCUGACAAUCUACUUCUGAAAACCCUGUGGAGCACAGUUCUAUUCUGACACACAUGGGUUGUCUUGAGUCAGAAUUGACUCAGUUGCAGCUGGUUUACAUUCUGAUAAAGCCAAAGUCUCUAAAGGUGUGCAGACAGGUGGGCGGGAUCCUCAGCAGCCCGGGGCUGGGAAGAACCCUGCCCAUAGCCAUCUGCUUGUUCACUUCCUUCCUUUACCUCCACAGCAUGCCCCAGGAUUUGUCAGAGGCCCUGAAGGAGGCCACCAAGGAGGUGCACAUGCAGGCAGAGAACGUCGAGUUCAUGAAGAACUUUCAGAAGGGCCAGGUGACCCGAGAGGGCUUUAAGCUGGUGAUGGCCUCCUUGUACCACAUCUACGUGGCCUUGGAGGAGGAGAUCGAGCACAAUAAGGAGCACCCAGACUACGCGCCCCUCUACUUCCCGGAAGAGCUGCACCGCAGAGCCGCCCUGGAGCAGGACAUGGCCUUCUGGUACGGGCCCCACUGGCAGAAGGACAUCCCCUACACAGGAGCCACUCAGAGCUACGUGAGGCGGCUCCACAAGGUGGGGCGCAUGGAGCCCGAGCUGCUGGUGGCCCACGCCUACACCCGCUACCUAGGUGACCUCUCUGGGGGCCAGCUCCUCAAGAAGAUUGCGCAGAAGGCUCUGGACCUGCCCAGCAACGACGAGGGCCUGGCCUUCUUCACCUUCCCCAACAUUGCCAGUGCUACCAAGUUCAAGCAGCUCUACCGUGCCCGCAUGAACACGCUGGAGAUGAGCCCCGAGGUCAGGGAGAGGGUCAUUGAAGAGGCCAAGACCGCCUUCCUACUCAACAUUAAGCUGUUUGAGGAGUUACAGGCGCUGCUGACCCAGGACACCACGGACCAGAGCCCCUCCACCACACCAAGGCAUCGCAGGCAGGAAGGCAGCCGGGCGCAAGAGUCCACUCCCUCCAAGACGCCCAGAGGGAAGGCACAGCUGAACAUCCUCUCCCAGGCUCCGCUCCUCCGAUGGGUCCUUACGCUCAGCUUUGUGGUGGCAACAGUGGCCGUGGGGUUAUAUGCCAUCUGAAUGCAAGCAUGCUGGCACCUGGGGCCAUGAACUCUGUCUGGGAGAGGGCCCUCUUUCUGGAGAGGCUUCCCUACCUUGGGCAUGGGGGGCUGUUCCGGGGCCCCUUGCUCUCUCCCUGUGGCCCUCUCUGCUUUCAAAGGAGGAGUCUUUCGACACCUUCCUUCUCCAGAAGUACACCCAGCCCUAUGACUGGAACCUCCAAAGUGGCCGAGGGGCCCUGCCCCACCCCGUCCAGCCUCUCAGCGUCCCUGUUCCUGCAGCAGAGCCCAGAGGACACAGCCAGCAAUGGCAACUGUCCUGACCCUCCAAAUGCCCCAGGUUGGAGGUCUUCUUGUCGACGUGGCCGUGACCGCUUUCCCUGUGGGUCAUGGCGAUUUUUAUAUAAACGUGUGAAGAUGUUGUGUCUUGUGUUUCUGUCUUGUUUUUGUUGGAACCACUUUUUGUUGCUGGCUCCGCCUGAACUGCCGUGUUCCGUUAUGUUUUUAUAGCUGGAUUGGGGAGGGUAUUUUGGGGAGCGGGUGGGUUGGGAGGGAGGUGUUUAACAGCACUGUGGCCUUGGUCUCUAACUUGUAUGUGAAACAAUAAACUACAUUGCCUGAUAGCAA